AUGGAGAGGGAAGAGAGGGAGACCCUGGCCAGUGAGGUGGAGGAGAUGAGUGGAGGAGCUUCUCCUCCUCUGUCCCCAGCCGACAUGGCCCUGGACCCAGACACCGCCAACCCCUUCCUCAUCCUGGCUGGCGACCAGAGAGGCGUGGGACGGGGGGACGAGUGGACCUCGCUGCCCAACAACCCCGAGCGGUUCGACACGGAGCCAUGCGUGCUGGGCAGCCAGGGCUUUGCCGUGGGGAGGCACUGCUGGGAGGUGGAGGUGGCCGAGGCGGGGGACUGGUGGGCUGUGGGGGUGGCCCAGGAGUCGGUCAGGAGGAAGGGGGUCCUCAGUUUUACCCCCCAGGAAGGGAUCUGGGCCGUGGGGCAGUGGUUUGGACAAUACUACGCUUUCACCGACCCUGACUGGACUCCCCUGCACCUUGCCUGCCUCCCCAGGGCCAUCCAGGUCUGCCUGGACUUUACAGAGAGGCAGGUGGCAUUUGCUGACGCUGAAAAGAAAGCCCUGAUCUUUGCUUUCUGCCUGGCUUCAUGUCCCAGGGAGAGGCUACGCCCGUGGCUCUGGGUGGGGAUGGAGUCGUGGCUCAAGCUGUGCCCCUGA